AUGGAAAACGACGACGUCGACAUGCACGCAGCCGACACCAAUGAAGAAUUGGAUGACAUGAAGAAGCGCUUGAAGGAGAUGGAAGAUGAAGCUGCUGCUUUGCGAGAGAUGCAGGCCAAGGUCGAGAAGGAAAUGGGAUCCGUGCAAGAUCCUGCAACUGCUUCUGCGAGUCAGUCUAAUAGAGAGGAAAUAGAUGCUCGAUCAGUCUUUGUAGGCAAUGUGGACUAUUCUUGCACUCCUGAAGAAGUGCAACAGCAUUUUCAGUCUUGUGGAACAGUAAACAGAGUCACCAUUCGAACUGACAAGUUUGGCCAACCCAAGGGUUAUGCCUAUGUUGAGUUCCUUGAGGUGGAAGCUGUCCAGGAGGCCCUUUCGCUGAAUGAAUCUGAACUUCAUGGGCGUCAAUUAAAGGUAACAGCUAAAAGAACCAACAUACCAGGGAUGAAACAGUAUCGUCCCCGCCGUUCAAAUCUUUACAUGGGGGGCUUUCGAGGCAGAACCCCAUAUGCACCUCCCUUUAUCUAUUCUCCAUAUGGAUAUGGAAAGGUUCCAAGGUUCAGAAUGGCAAUGCGCUACAGCCCCUAUUAUUAA